AUGGUGCCAAAACCUGCAGGUCCUGCAGGUGGUAAUGCACCGAAGACCUCCGCAAAGGGAAAACAAAGUGGUGGUCCGGACUUUAAGGCCCUGCAGCUUGAGUCAGAGUUUAAGAGCAAGCAUUUCGGUGUGCUAGGUGUAUUAACGUGGAUUCUAUUGUUACACCUCGCCGGUAUCUACUUCUUCACCAAGGGCUUCCUUCUUACGCGCAUGGUGCUGGAGAGCAAAUCGUCUUGUGAAGUACUCCCCUUUGACAACUCGAACCACCAAGUCACCGGAAAUACACAUGGAAAUGGAUGCUGGCAUCAGAAAUCCUUCGACAAGGCGGUUGUGAUCAUUAUCGACGCUCUCCGGUACGAUUUCACUGUGCCCUUUGCCUCUCAAGAUGAGAGUGAAGAGGCCCACCUGUUCCACGAUAACAUUCCGAUCCUGUAUGAAACUGCUGUCAAGAACCCCGCCAACGCGUUCCUGUUGCCUUUCAUCGCGGAUCCGCCGACAACGACCCUCCAGCGCUUGAAGGGCCUAACCACUGGUACCCUGCCUACUUUCAUCGAUGCGGGCUCUAACUUCGCUGGAACUGCGAUUGACGAGGAUAACUUGGUCGCACAAUUGCACAGCGCUGGCAAGACACUCGUCCAGCUUGGUGAUGAUACUUGGCAGUCUUUGUUCCCAGGGUACUUUAACGAGAACCUCACUCACCCGUACGACUCGUUCAACGUGUGGGACCUACACACUGUUGACAACGGCGUGAAUGAACAUCUCUUUCCGCUUCUUCGUACCGAGAACAAGAGCAAGUGGGAUGUAAUUUUUGGUCACUAUCUCGGUGUUGAUCAUGCGGGUCACCGCUAUGGACCCAACCACGCUGCUAUGGCUAGCAAGCUCCAGGAGAUGGACCGAGUGAUUCGCGAUAUCAUCGUCGCUUUGGAUGAUGAUACCCUUUUGGUGGUAAUGGGCGACCACGGCAUGGAUAUCAAGGGUGACCAUGGCGGCGAGUCAGACGACGAGGUCCAAGCAGCUUUGUGGAUGUACUCAAAGAGAGGAAUCUUCGGCCGUACGAGCAAGGAGAGCCUGCUUCCACCAAAACACGCUCGUGAACGUUCCGUCCCUCAGAUUGACCUCGUUCCGACCCUGUCUCUGCUCCUUGGCAUGCCGAUCCCGUUCAACAAUUUGGGUUCUCCCAUUGAGGAAGCCUUUGCUGGAUCAAGUGGCAAUGACUGGGCCAAUCUACUGGCUGUCAACCGUCUGACAGCUGCACAAAUCAAGAGAUACCAGCACGAAUAUGCUAUUGCUCGUGGUGCAGGUGAAGAUGAGGAAUCGUUUGGUCUUUGGUCUGCGGCGGAAACGGAAUGGAAGUCUGCCUCCAAGGGCUUCACUUCCAAGUCAAUCAAAAUCCGAGCUAGCUAUGACCUUUACCGCAAGUACCAGCGACACACUCUGGAUAUCUGUCGUGGACUCUGGGCCCGUUUCGAUGUUGUCAGCAUGAUCCAAGGUGUCGUGCUCCUCUUCGGUGGCAUUUCUUUGCUGGUUCUGUACGCUCGUGGCAUGAAAGCAGACCGGACUGAGCUCUCUUCGCGUUUCCUGUCUUUUGUCAGCAUUGGAUCCGGUGUGGGUGUUGUGGCCGGCUCUGUCUUGGCUUUCUCUGGACUCACUGACAUGACCAUGAUCGACCUGGCUGUUUUGGUGGCCGCUGGUGGAAGCAUGGUGGGCGCAUCUCUCGCUCUUAUUAGGAAGUCGGCACAGUUGACCGUGCCUCUUCCCACCGGCAUGUGGGGAUGGCUUGCCUUCUUCUUCACUGUGUCUCAGUCUCUUGGAUUUGCAUCCAACUCUUAUACCAUCUGGGAGGAUGAGAUUCUGCUCUUCUUCCUCACAACAUUUGGUGUAUGCGCUGGUAUCUCGUCCAUGCGCCAGAAAUCCACACCCGACCGGGUUCUGGGUGUGUAUCAUUCGCUUCUUUUCGUUAUAUUGGGCCGUGUUGCAUCUUUCUCUCGCCUCUGCCGUGAAGAGCAGAUGCCCUUCUGCCGAUCAACCUACUACGCCUCUUCGACUUCGUCCAUAUCUGCUCCUUGGCAACUGAUCAUUCCAUUUGUGGUCAUGAUAUUCCUCCCGAGCGUGGUGCGGUCCUUCUACAGUGGCUCCAAGUCAUAUGAGGAUAAUGCUACGUUGUGGAUUGGCUUCGCUUUCCGCUUUGGUCUUCUAGUUACCUCGGUGUUCUGGGUGCUAGAAGGCGCUGACGAUGGUGAAUGGCUUCCGCUGAGCAAAGAAACCCUCAAGUCCCUCCGGGUGUUCCUUGCCCAGCUGGUCCUUGCUCUGGCGUUCGCCGCGGGCACAGCUGCUUUCCUUUACGCCAAGCCUUGUGUGAGCGUCAGCGUGAGUCAAGCCCAAGAAGAUCCGAACGCGCCCCCGGUGCCCUUCAUCGUUGGCCAAGAUCAGAAACCCCGAACCACUGUGACCGUACUCGGCUUUGGCAACAUGUACGGCACUCGCUUCUUCUUCAUGGUGAUUAACUUUGCUCUUGCCAUCAUCCUCAUGUCAAAGCCCAUGGGCCAGGGUGCAAUUGCUCUGCUGCUCUGGCAGAUUUUAUCCCUCCUUGAGAUCCUCGACACUAACGCCCUUACUCUCGCCAACUCCUCGAUCGGCCCCAUCAUCCUGGGCAUAUUGGGAUCUUUCUACUUCUUUAAAACCGGCCACCAAGCCACCCUCAGCAGCAUCCAAUGGGAAACCGCCUUUAUCCCCCUCUCUACAAUCCAAUACCCCUGGUCCCCACUGCUGGUCAUCCUCAACACAUUCGGCGCCCAGAUCCUCGCUGCCCUCGCCGUCCCACUCACUGUCCUCUGGAAGCGACCCCUUCAAACACACGACCGUGUCUCCUCUUCUUCUUCUCCCAAUAAACCCGCCAACCCCUCUACAGAGCUCCUCUCCGACGUCAUCCAAGCCGUCUCUACUCACAUCCUUUACUUGGCUACUAUCAACCUCGCCACCACCAUGUGGGCCGGCCACCUCCGUCGCCACCUAAUGCUAUACCGCAUUUUCAGCCCCCGUUUUAUGAUGGGUGCUGUUGUCUUGGGCGUUAUCGACGUUGUCCUUUUGGUCUUUGCUGUUCCUGGCGUGCGCUUUAGCACGGUCAGUGUCGGUGAGAUCUUUGGCUGGUGA